CAAAUCGCUAAAAGAAACGUGAAUCAAAACAACUCUGCGGUUUCACCUCACACUCAACAAAAUUGGCAAAGAUGAUAAAAGGUCAUGGCCUAUGGCCUUUUGUGGAACCUCAGAUUCCUGAUGAGGAAUAUUGCUUUGGGUGGUGGUCUGCUGUUCCUCUUAGCAGAGAACCAGGGAGAAGUGAAGUCCAUGUUUGCUGGUGUCCCCACCUUGGAUUGCACCUCUCCCCAUCGGUACAUUCAGCUGGGAGGAAGGGUUCUUCUCCUCCUCAUGUUCGUAUCACUCCUACACUUUGAAGUUAGCAUGUUUACUAUCUUCCAAGAUGUCUUCAACAUGGUUCUCAUUAUCCUGGUAGCCACUGGGUUCAAAACAAAACUUGCUGCCCUCACUCUUGUGAUCCGGCUUCUCCUUAUCAACCUGUUAGAGAACCCAUUUUGGACCAUCCCUGCCAACAGGCCCCUCCAUGAUUUUAUGAAGUAUGACUUUUUCCACACCAUGUCGAUAAUGGGAGGCCUUCUCUUGGUAGUAGCCUUUGGACCUGGAGGAUUUUCAAUGGAUAAACACAAGAAGAAGUGGUAAAUAUCACA